AUGAAUGGUGCGGUCUUCAGCCGGUCUCGGAGCCGGCGGGACGCAUCUGAGGGUGGCCCUAGAGGAGGGGGCACCGGCCGGUGGGGAGAGGAGUCUCUACGCAGCCUAGGGGGCGAGAUUCGACGCCGGGAAGGUGAAGAGCCCGACCUGCGAGGAGGCCAGAGCGCCAGGGUGGCGGGGGGAGAGGGGGCUGCCAAGAUGGCGUCGUCCUCUGGGUCGUCGUCGGCCGGGAAUACCUCCUUGGAGUUGGCGAGUAGCAGCGGCUCCUCCAGCUUCGGUUUGCACUUUCUGUGCUGUGGAGCCACCCGUAAGAGAGUACAGUCAACCUUCAAAAAAUCUUUGACUCCUUCCUCUGAGGUAUCUAGUGCCUCUGUGGUAGCCAAGAAAAUAGGACAUAGAAGUGUUGAUUCCUUUGGAGAGACAACAUAUAAAAAGACAACUUCAUCAGCCCUAAAAGGUGCCAUUCAGCUAGGUAUUACCCAUACUGUUGGCAGCCUCAGCACCAAACCAGAACGGGAUGUCCUCAUGCAAGACUUCUAUGUGGUGGAAAGUAUCUUCUUCCCAAGUGAAGGGAGCAACCUGACCCCUGCCCAUCAUUACAACGACUUCCGUUUCAAGACUUAUGCCCCUGUUGCUUUCCGCUACUUCCGAGAGUUAUUUGGGAUACGGCCCGAUGAUUAUCUGUAUUCCCUGUGUAGUGAGCCAUUGAUUGAGCUCUGCAACUCUGGGGCCAGUGGCUCUAUCUUCUACGUGUCCAGUGAUGAUGAAUUCAUUAUGAAGACUGUCCAGCACAAAGAGGCCGAAUUUUUACAGAAGCUGCUGCCAGGAUACUACAUGAACCUGAAUCAGAAUCCACGGACUCUGUUGCCCAAAUUCUAUGGGCUAUACUGUGUACAGGCAGGUGGUAAAAACAUUCGAAUUGUGGUGAUGAACAACCUGCUUCCACGCUCAGUAAAAAUGCAUGCCAAGUAUGACCUCAAGGGCUCAACCUACAAACGGCGUGCCUCACAGAAAGAGCGAGAGAAAGUGUUCCCCACCUACAAAGAUCUGGACUUCCUGCAAGAUAUUCCAGAUGGCCUUUUCUUGGAUUCUGACAUGUAUAAUGCCCUGUGCAAGACACUACAGCGAGAUUGCUUGGUGUUACAGAGCUUCAAGAUCAUGGACUAUAGUCUGCUGGUGGCAAUCCACAAUAUGGAACAUGCACAACGAGAGCGGUUAUCCACUGAUGUGGGCCCAGGAAAUGACACACGGAAGCCAGCCACACAGAAGGCUCUCUAUUCCACAGCUGUGGAGUCCAUCCAGGGUGAGGCUCGGCGGGGCGGCACCAUGGAAACAGAGGACCAGAUGGGUGGCAUUCCUGCCCGAAACAAUAAAGGAGAUCGCUUGCUGCUCUAUAUCGGUAUCAUUGACAUUCUACAGUCUUAUAGGUUCAUGAAGAAGCUGGAACAUUCAUGGAAAGCUCUGGUCCAUGAUGGGGACACGGUGUCAGUGCACAGGCCGAGUUUCUAUGCUGAGCGGUUUCAUCAAUUCAUGUGCCAAACAGUAUUCAAGAAAAUUCCCUUGAAGCUUUCUCCUUCCAAAAAGAGUCGGCUCAGUUCAUCCCUUCGUAGAGUGGGCCCAGGUGGAAACUCCCUCUCACCCUCCCAACUGACAGUCACUGUCUCUGGAGAGAAUAAGGCAGAAAUGACAACGCAAGUGGAAGUGGAACCAGGGGUCUACUUUCGCCGUCCUGAUCUACUUCCCCAAACUCCACCUGUGGAUGAAACCAAUAGUGACUCUGCUGCCACCACCCUUUCUACCUCUCCAGGCAGUGAAAAAUUCAACACACCAGCUAACAGUUCACCUCCCUCAGAAAGAAUUGAUGUCAUCGUUGAGUCAGAAUUCAGCUGUUGAGAAAAAAAACGAGGACCUGGCACUUGGAAUCAGAUUCUUCCAUCAUUACGGUCCCAAGAUAUCAGCUCCAUCUGCUGAGCUCCCCC